GAAUCGCUUGUCCUUGGUCGGGAUGUCGGAAGAGAGACCAAUGUUGGUGGUGUUGAUGGCGUGGGCAUUCCCGUUGGAAAUGAAGGCAGAGGUAUGUCUGGGGAGUUCGUCUAGGGAUUGGACAAUGAGCGGCGCCUCGCGCUUUCUGCCUCGAGUCUCAAGGGCGGUGGUAUUGUUCGGGAUGAAGGUGUUGUUGCCCAAAUUGAAGGCGGGUUCAUCAAGAGGGCCGCGCUGUUGGAGUCUCCAGAAGACAGGAGCAAAGCCCGAACCGCCCUCAUAGACAGUGCAAUCGGCCUCGCCGGAAGCAGACAUGCGGU